GGCAUUCAGUUUCUGGUGGAGAAUGACCUGCUGCAGAGUUCCCCGGAGGACGUGGCCCAGUUCCUGUACAAAGGAGAAGGCCUGAAUAAGACGGUCAUCGGGGACUACCUGGGGGAAAGGGACGAGUUUAACAUCAAGGUUCUUCAGGCUUUUGUCGAACUGCACGAGUUUGCCGACCUCAACCUCGUACAAGCAUUAAGACAGUUCUUGUGGAGCUUCCGACUGCCCGGGGAGGCGCAGAAAAUCGACCGUAUGAUGGAGGCCUUCGCCUCGCGCUACUGCCUGUGCAACCCCGGCGUCUUCCAGUCCACAGACACGUGCUACGUGCUGUCGUUUGCCAUCAUCAUGCUCAACACCAGCCUGCACAACCACAAUGUGCGCGACAAGCCCACGGCCGAGCGCUUCAUCACCAUGAACCGUGGCAUCAACGAGGGCGGCGACCUGCCCGAGGAGCUGCUGCGGAACUUGUACGAGAGCAUUAAGAACGAGCCAUUCAAGAUCCCCGAGGACGACGGGAAUGACCUGACGCACACGUUCUUCAACCCCGACCGGGAGGGCUGGCUCCUGAAGCUGGGCGGGCGUGUGAAGACCUGGAAGCGGCGCUGGUUCAUCCUCACGGACAACUGCCUGUACUACUUCGAGUACACCACGGACAAGGAGCCCAGGGGCAUCAUCCCGCUGGAGAACCUCAGCAUCAGGGAGGUGGAAGACCCGCGGAAGCCCAACUGUUUUGAGCUUUACAACCCGAGCCACAAGGGCCAAGUCAUCAAGGCCUGCAAGACGGAGGCGGACGGCCGCGUGGUGGAGGGGAACCACGUGGUGUACCGGAUCUCGGCGCCCAGCCCUGAGGAGAAGGACGAGUGGAUCAAGUCCAUCAAGGCCAGUAUCAGCAGGGAUCCUUUCUAUGACAUGCUGGCCACGAGGAAGAGGCGGAUUGCCAACAAGAAGUAGAGGCGGCCUGGCUGCAGCAGGCCAAGAGCAGACGCGACCCCCGGCACCGGUGACCGGCAGCGGGCAGCACCGCACGCGCCGCUCGUGGUCCGCCAUGAAACCCCGCAGCGCUCCCGCGGCACGCCCUGGGCGGGGUGGGGUGAACACUCUAAAGCCACUGUUCUCAGAAUGGGAAAGGAAAAGCUACCACUGUUUUUAUGAGGAUUUUUUUCUCAGAUAUAUAGGAUUAUAGCUUUUAUAUGCCUUUUUAUACUCUGAAAUUAUAACGAAAGAUACUUUCUAACAGUAGUAUUUUUAGAAUGGCAGCUAUAAAUUUAACUCCUGAACACAAGCAUGUGCUGUGCACUGACCCCCACACAUGUGCACACGCACGCUCGCACGCACCAGGGCAGGCGUGGCCCCUUAGGGAGUGGGAAGGGUGCCCCUCCCUUCAGCCCCAGCCUCUGGGCCCACGGCUACCAUCUGAGUAAGCGAGGCCUAGACUGUGGUGACGGCGGCGUCAGGGUGGGCCCAGCACCGCUGAAGCCGAGAGCAAGCAGCUGCGGGACUGCGCUGCUGGGCCCCAGCACACGGCGGCCCCUGGCAGCCCGACGCCGCACACCAGCUCUGACCACAGCGCUGUGAAGACCCCAGGCGCACGCCAGUGUCUGUCACUGGGCCACUCACUUCACAUGUCCUCCCGCCAUGGUGGCACCUGGGCCGCUGACAGCAGGCCGGAGGGGGCACCGAGGGGCCCUGUGUGCUGGGGCCAGGCCUCUCCCCGUCAGGCGCCUCCUGCCCUGGGCCGCUUCCCCCCACCCGGGGUGCAGAGGUGCACCUGCAAGCUGCAGCAAAUCCAAGUCGAGGGAAGCAGCUCUGCUGUGCGCAGGGCACACCCCUGGGAGCCGCCCAGGGUCGGCAGCACCCUGUCUUGACGGCAGCUGCCGAGGGGCCGAGGCCCAGGCCCCCACUUCCUGCACAGGCUCGCUGCUGUGUCCAGGCCUCAAGGCUUCCUGACCUUCUCAUGCCUCGGAUCUGAAGCUGGAGUCGGUGAGGAUGGCGGGCAGCGUCCUUCCAGUGCCCGCCCGGGCGGCACACACUCCAGGGCCGGCCCCGCGUCUGCAGAGCUGGCUGUCUCGCGUGCUGGGAGAGGUGAGCCUGGCUGGAGUCACCUGGUGACGAACCUCUGCCUCACGGCCGCGGCGCCCACCACCAGGCACCUGCUCCAGGUCCUGCUGUGUCAGUAUUAACGGGAAGGGCCGGCGGCCCUCAGGCCUGCGUGGGACGGGCCUCUGCCAGGGCUGCCCGGAGCAAACAGCCUCAGUCCAUCCUGCUCCUCGCCCGACGCGUCCCAGCUCUGGCCAAAGACAAACUCCUGCGGAGAAACCCUGGGUGCGGAGGGCGCCUCCAGCCCAUCUCGCCGGCCCUGGACCCAGACGAGCAACGGGUCUUCGGGGUCACAGGUCACGUGUGAGCGGCAGACGGCUGAAUGUGGUACCAGGUGGAGUCAACACAGGAGCUCUUUACGGGUGAAGCAGGACGGCUGCUUCGAAGCGACGCCUAUUUUUCAAGUCACAAACGUGUUUAUCGACAUAGAUGUGCUUUGCGCAAAGUUAGGUCUGUUGUAGACCAGAAACCACGAGUUGUGAUUUCUCACUUCCUUGUUUUUCUUAGGAGCAUUUCUAUUGACAGUGAGUUAGUCGAUAUGUAAAUAGUGUAAUGUAUGCUGACCUCUGGAGUGUUUGUAAUUCAGUGUACAGACCCCACAAGCUGCAUGAAGAAAUAUUCUAUUGAUAUUGAUAUCAAAAUAUAUACUGAUAUUUUGUUGUAAAA